UGGUGACUCUAUCGAUUCUUUAUCUAUCGUGAUUGCGUCCUUCAUGUCGGCAAGGCGUCCCAACGCUCACCCCAGCCAACCAAUGCAGAGACAGACAGACAGACAGACAGGCAGGCACGCAGACAGGCUGAAUGAACGAAAAUGUACUUCCACACUAAGCCACUGGAACCACACACGAGUCACCACCCAUCGUGACGUAUGUUUGUUCGUGAAUCUAAGGAAGGCUCUAUGCACAUCUCGUAGACUAUCGAUCCGCCCGCCACAUCCAACCUCGCUGGCUGCCUCUGUCCACACCCUGCACACCACCCAAGCGCAUAGUCAAACACACAACAAUCACCCAACUUUCUGCGCCGUAGGCUGCCUGCCUGCUAUGCGUUCGAUCGUCUCUUAAUGGUCAGGCUGGGGCCCUCGAAGGUUACAGCGAAUGGGCCGUUGGUAAAGCCCACGAGCGCGUGCUGCUCAUGGAAGAGAUCCUGCAGGUCGGCGCUGAGGUCUCCAUCGUUAAUGACGAAAGUGGUCGUGUCAUGGCCAGGCACCCUCGUCAGGGAUAAGGCCAUCUGCAUCAUCCGACCAUGGAACUGGCCGAGAGUGAGCUCAUCUGGCAAUCCAACUGCACCCAGGGCACACACAAAUUGUGUACACAUGUAAGGGGUAUGGCCUGCCUCUCGCCAUCAAUUUCAACGGUUGUGUGCGACAUCCUCGGCAUUAUCGGCCACAUGUUGCCCCACAGCCGGCCAAACGCGCCACGGUCGACGAAGUCCUCACUGGACGUCCUGACAUGAACAUCCAAUUCUCUCUGUUCCCCGCGCUGACGCCACGUCUGAUGCCAUAUCCCACGCAGAAAAUCAAAGGCCACGAGUGGCGGUACGGCCCCAUCGGAGCCCACCGUGACCUCAGCAAGGCGGCUCAUCUUCUCGGCCACCUGAAGGGCCUUAGUGCGAUGCUCGAGUGGCAAGAUGCUGUCGGCCUCCAGCUCGAUCUUGGUCGCGUAGGGCAAGGUGCCGUCGGGAAUGUCGAUGGUCUGGUCGUCCGCCACGGUGGCCAAGCUGACCACCACGAUGACGGCUUUCUCGGCGAGGUCCUUGACUAUCUUCCUGACGGUAGGGGAUGGAUGCUCGUUGCUCCACUGCAGCAGAUGCGGAUCGAAGGUCGCUCCGUCCACAACCCUUGUGUAGUGCACGGGAGACUCAAUGAGGGCCUCUGGGUCAAGCACGGCAUCCCUGUGACCGACAAGCAAACAAGGGAACAAUACAAUAAGAGCGACCCUCCUCUCCGUCCCUGGCCUUCACAUGUCUUUUGUGCUCACAUGAGACGGGCCGUCUUGACAGUCAGGUCCUUCGCCUCACCGGUAGCCGGCAUUUUGGGCAUCCUGAUCGGCAUGCUGGUCAGCUGUCGCCUGCACCCCCUUUGCACCAGGCCCUCGCGCAGGGCGUCAACCUCCGCGUCUCCCACCGGCGUGGCGUUGUGAUCCAUCGUCAUGUACACGCCGCUAAUCGACCGCAGCCGUCCGAGUGACUGCGGCAGGGCCUGUAGCAGGGCCGACGGGCGGUCAGCCAGGUCCACCUUCUCGAGCUUCUCGCUCUCACACCAUUCCUUGGCGGCUUGUUCGGUCGGGAAGAAGUCCCUAUCGAAUGUCACCCGCACGACAUUCGGCGUCUCCCACCCCCGACCGACACGGACGUCGGCGUACUCUGGCGGCAGAAUGGUGACCGUCAUGAGGGCUGGGAGGGCGACCGCCGGUGGGGAUGGGGAUGGACGAGGCAGGGGGUCUGGCGAGACCUCAUCCAAUGGGAAGAAGAGAGGUCUAUCCAGCUCCACGCCUUCGAAGCCCAGCACCUCGAGUGUGCCCUCAUCCUCGCCCCCCUGGCCCUGCCUGGCCCUCCUGUCCGCCAGCGCCCGCCUGCCCUCGGCGUGGCCCUUUAGCAGUCCGACCCACGCGCCACGACACCACUCGGGCGCAGACUCGGGAUAGAUGACCACCAACUCGCGAAGAUUGGUCAUGCGCUGUCCCCACUUGUGUGCGGUGGCGAGGGGAAUCUUGCCCCACAGAUGUCGCUCCCUCUCGUCUGUGCAGCUGAUGGUGACGCGUCUGUGCUGGGCGGCCGACUGGUGGAAGAUGGAUGUGCCGAUGGCGGGCCGCAGCUGGGUGAGCUGCCACGGCUGGUAGUGGCCGAUCACGGCGGCCAGGCACUCGCGAGACACACGAUGCCGCGCCUGAAGAGUUCAAGAAUGUCAGAUGCUGACAUUGGAAUGUCGUGUGCCUCACUCACCGGCGAGUGUUCGAUGGGUGGCCCCUGCCCACUUCGAUGUGUGAUACGAAACGAAGGACGACCCACGUCGUCGCCAUCCUGCACACAAACAGACAAGGACAGAGAAGCCGUCAACACGGCUCCUCGGACUUAAGUGUGCAAGCACGCUGACGCUUGCUUGUACCUCGGCUGACGAAUCAUUCGAAUCAUCUCGUUCGUCAGCAGAAAGCUCCACACUCAUGCCAUCGGAUGACUCGGCAGCAUGCGGUGACGAUAUGGGCGGCUGGAGGGCAUCGAGGGCAUCCGUGAGGGCGGUGUGUGAGGCUGUGACGUCGGUGGUGGCUCGAGCGAUGAGUGCUGGGACGAGGGUCAGCUGCUGCCGAAGGUGCAGGGCUCCGUCGGACAAGGCCUGACACACAUGCACACAGCACAGGAAGACAGCAAAUACACUGACACGAGACCGCCACACCCAGCCGCCCGCCCACCCAUCCAACUACUGUACGUACGUACCUGUGUGGCGAGGGUGAGUGCGUCAAGCUGCUCUACACGAUCCAACUGCGCCACCAGCUGCAAUUAAUGCAGAAACAUACCCGCGCACACACACAGGAAAGUAUUCCGUGUUCUGUGUUGACGGCGGGUGCAGAGCACCUGUGGCAGCAGCUGGUUUUUGAGCCGCAGGAUCUCGUCCUUAGCAGACGCCGCGUCCCUCUUAGCCUGCAGACGGCGCACGCGCGGAAAGGAACACGAGGACAGCCCUCACCCUGCCAUUGCCAGCAACGAUAACCACUGCCUCACUCACUUGGUUGAAAUCCAU